GGAGGGAGGGGAGGGAGGAAGGGAUGUGAUGUCAUAGCGCCGUGACGUCAUCUCGUCGUGACGCCAUUACGCCGGCGCCAGGCCAGCACCAGCUUCCAGUGCCUCCAGUGCUCCCAGCAACACCCUGUCAUUGCCAUCCCCCCCCCAUGUCCUCCCAGUAUUCCCAGUGCUCCCAGUAAACCCUGGUGUUCCCAUGCCCUCCCCGGGCCCGUUAGCCCUGCUUGUGUGCAGGGCACAUGUGUCAGUCCCCUGUGUAGGUGCAGCGGUGUGUGUAGGACUCCACCGCGCAGCCGCGGGCCUCAGCCCUGAGGCAAUGAACUACACCUCCCAUCACCCCCCGCGCCUCGCCCCGCCCCCAGCUUCCGGCCGCCGGCAGUGACGUCAGCCACUCGGAUUUUUCCCCGCGAAAACGGCGGCGGGGUGAUGCAGCGGCGGAUCACGUCUUUCUUCGCCCCCCCCAGGGCUGCAGAUGGCGCCGUCCCAGCGCAUGCGCAGAAGCUGGAGCGGAACCCCCCCGAGGAGUGCGGCCAGGAACGUCGGGACCCCGAUGGGAGCGCGGACACCACAUCUCCUGGCAGCAGCUCUGCCCCUGUACCCCCCACAUCCCCUCGUGCCCCCUGCUGUCCCUCCACCCCACAGCAGCCAGGAGACAGGGAUGGGGACAGUAAUGGGGACAGGGACGGUGCCCCCGCAUCCAAGCGCUGCCGUCAGUCACCCGGUGACCAGGACAGGGGACCUCCCCCUGCCCCCAAAGCUCCAGCCCCCAACAGCCAUAUACCAGUGGAGCCGUCCCAGUAUGACCCCAGCAGGAGUGGGUACCACCCAGUGCAGGAUGCGUGCUGGGGGCAUGGGCACAGUGUCCCCUACCUGGCGGUGGCUCGCACCUUUGAGCGCAUUGAGGAAGCCUCAUCCCGGCUGAAGAUCAUUGAGACCCUCACCAACCUCCUUCGUUCCGUGGUGGCCCUGUCCCCCUCCGAGCUGCUCCCCUGCCUUCUUCUGUGCCUCAACCGUCCCGGUGCCGCCUCUGAGGGGCUGGAGCUGGGCAUCGGCGAGACCCUGCUCACCCGUGCCCUUGCCCAGGCCACUGGCCGCCAGCUGGCUCAGAUCCGCAGUGAAGCACAGGACAAAGGGGAUUUGGGGUUGGUGGCUGAAAGCAGCCGCUGCACCCAACGCACGGUGGUGCCACCGGCCCCGCUGAGUGCCAGCGGUGUCCUUGGCAAGCUGCGGGAGAUGGCCGCCAUGUCAGGCAGUGCGUCUGCUACCAAGAAGAUUGAUAUCAUCAAGGGGCUGUUUGUUGCCUGCCGGCACUCGGAGGCACGAUACCUUGUCCGAUCACUCAGUGGGAAGCUACGCAUUGGGCUGGCCGAGCAGUCGGUGCUCACCGCGCUGGCACACGCCGUUGCUCUCACCCCACCAGGGCAAGAGUGGCCGCUGGCUGUGGUGGAUGCUGGGCAGAGCAUGGCACCCGAUGCGCGCAGAACGUGGUUGGAGGAACAGAGCCGCAUCCUCAAGCAGACUUUCUGCGAGCUGCCAGACUACGCCGCCAUUGUCCCGGUGCUGCUGGAGCACGGCCUGGAGCAGCUCCCCAAGCACUGCGGCAUCACUCCAGGUGUCCCCUUGAAGCCCAUGCUGGCCCAGCCUGCCCGCUGCAUCAGCGAGCUGCUGAAGCGCUUUGAGGAGGCUGCGUUCACUUGCGAGUACAAAUAUGAUGGAGAACGAACCCAGAUUCACGUCCUGGAGAGCGGGGCCGUCUUCAUCUACAGCCGCAACCAGGAGAACACAACUGCCAAAUACCCUGACCUCGUCCAGCGCAUCCCCAAGAUGCUGAAGCCCGGCGUGCGCUCGUGCAUCCUGGAUGCAGAAGCAGUGGCUUGGGACAAGGUCACCAAGCAGCUGCAGCCCUUCCAGGUGCUGAUGACAAGGAAGAGGAAGGAUGUGGAUGCUGCUGCCAUUAAGGUGCAAGUGUGCGUCUAUGCCUUUGAUUUGCUGUACCUCAAUGGGGAGCCACUGGUGCGGGAGCCCUUGGCCACACGACGUCGGUUGUUGCGACAGUCAUUCGAGGAGGUGGAGGGCGAAUUCCUCUUUGCCACCUCAAUGGACACCCGCAGUGCUGACGAGGUCUCUGAUUUCCUUGACAAAGCCAUCAAGGCCUCCUGCGAGGGCCUCAUGGUGAAGACGCUGGAGGUGGAGGCCACCUACGAGAUUGCUAAGCGGUCCCACAAGUGGCUGAAGCUGAAGAAGGACUACCUGGAUGGCCUUGGGGACACGCUGGACCUCGUUGUCAUAGGUGCCUACCUGGGCAAGGGCAAGCGUGCAGGCAUCUAUGGGGGCUUCCUGCUGGCCUGCUAUGAUGAGGAGAGUGAGGAGUACCAGAGCAUCUGCAAGAUAGGUACUGGUUUCACCGAGGAGAGCUUGGAGAAACACUACAACUUCCUCAAGGAACACGUGUUGACUCAACCGCGUCCCUAUUACCGCUGGGACAACGCAGUGGCCCCCGACCGUUGGCUGGCAGCCGUGCAGGUCUGGGAAGUGAAAUGUGGGGACCUCUCAAUUUCCCCUGUCUAUAGGGCAGCUGUGGGGCUGGUGGAUGAGGACAAGGGCAUCUCGCUGCGCUUCCCGCGGUUCCUGCGUGUGCGUGGGGACAAGAAACCCGAGGAGGCCACCAGCAGCACACAGGUGGCCGAGCUCUACAAGAAGCAGCAGCAGAUCCAGAACCAGCAGCAGGCGGAGAAAGGGGACGAGGAGUUCUAUUGAUGUCACCCUACGGGGACAGGGACAUGGGCAAUACUGCUUGGGGACUUGCCCUAUGUCAAGUGUCCCCAUGUGUUCCCCUAUGGCAUGGGGACCCCAGAACAUUGUCACCCCCCAUCCCUUCAGUCCCCUCACCCCACAUCCAGUUUCCCCCUACAUACCAGUGUCCCCAAGCCAUUGCCUCGUUCUAUCCCUUGUCUACCCCUGCCUCAUGUCCAAGGUCCCCAUUAGUCCCCCUAGGGCAUGGGGACUCCAGGAUGUAAUAACCCUCCAUCCACUGUAUUCCCACACCCCAUAUCCAAGAUCACCUAUGGCACGGGGGCCCCAGUCCCAUCUCCUGCCCCAGCCCUGGAGGUCCCCAUGUUUCCACUCCCCAAUAAACCAUCUGCCCCUUGCUCCA